AUGCGCCAGCCAUCUCGUCAGGAACUCGACUACUUCAGCCAACAAGGUAUGGCUGGGAGAAGGAACAACAACAACGGGGAGAUGGGUGGUCAGAACAACCAGUUCCUGGAAGGACUUACAACACUCCUAGAUGAGCAGAACUGCAUUCAUGGGGAACGGAUUCAACAAAUACUGCAGGCUAGGGAGCAGGGGAGCACACCCAGACGUUCUGCACCUAGCACGCAACCGGUCUACAAGCAGUUUCGGGAGCUUGGACCGACGGAGUUUAAAGGCACCACAGACCCGAUCGCUGCAGAGGGAUGGAUUCGGUCUCUAGAGAUGAUAUUUGACUUCAUGCAGCUCACAGAUGUGGACAAAGUCAGGUGUGCGAUAUUCAUGCUCCUGGAUGAUGCUCGAGUAUGGUGGGAGGGUGCGAGGCUGACCGUAGAUCUGGCUACUUUGACUUGGACUGAUUUUAAGGAGGUAUUCUAUGGAAAGUAUUUCACAGUUGACAACAGGACACGGCUGGCACGGGAAUUCUUGGAGCUUCGCCAGGGAGAUUUGUCAGUGGCGGAGUAUGUCAGGAGGUUCGAGUGA